AUGAUGAGUCUUCCGAGGGAGGAGGUGGUGAUUCGAGAGGGAUGGCUGCUGAAGGAAGGAGGCGCACCACGACUCAGGUGGCAGUCUCGCUGGUUCGUGCUCAAGGGUCGCAGUCUGCUGUGGUACACCAAACCCGACGAUUCGAGCCCGCAAGGCAGUUUGGCGAUGGGCGACGUGCAUGACGUGAGCCAGAUCGGCGAGCACUCGGGGAAGAAGCACUGUGUCAGCCUCGUCACGACAAAGUCAAACUCCAAGAAAGUCUACUACCUCGCCGCUGAGACUGAGGGAAUGGCUCGCGACUGGUACGCGGCUCUGCACGCUCAGUGGUUGGGAGACAAAGCCGGUGGGGCGCGCGGCGUGCGACUGGUAAAGUACGCGACGGCCGAGGUUUUCUUGACGCAGGGAGUUCGCAUCACAGGCGACGUCAACUAUGGGAUUCUGGGCUCCAUAUCUAGUCGAGUCGGCCCGGAGAAAAAGAGGCGAGACGCCCUCGGCUGGUUCUGCGAUACUUCCAUGACGCUCUCGGCGAUUCUAAACCUCUUCUCCGAGUACGGCUGGACUCCAGAGAGGGUGUACCGCAGCACGUCCACUGCCGCGGGGGACUCAUCUCUCCAGCCCCGUGGUCCGUGUCAUAUUCUCAAAGAGCCCAGUGGGAUGUGGUAUGGGUGGAACUGCUGCUACCCAGCUCGAAACGAGCACUGCUCUCCUGCGAUCUGGAGCAUUCGAUGCAGUCACAGUCAGCGCUCAGCCAGUCAACCUAGCUCUCCCCCCGGGGGCCAGGACUUUGGAGGGAACCGAUGA